GAUUUCCCGGGGAGGUCCUUACCGGGUCCCCGGCGGAGGUGGGGGAGAGGCGGGGCAGGAGCCGAGGCCAGGGAGCCCUCUGCGUCAGCUGCUGCUCACCGCGCCGCGCCAGUACCAGCCGGGACUCACCCGCAGCUCCAUGCUUGUGCCCGGCUCCGCUCGUCCAUCCUCGGAGAAGAGGCAGCCCAUGAGGCUCCCAGUCCCCACUGAGUGCUGCCCUGAAGGAUGUCCCAGCUCUCCUCCACCCUGAAGCGCUACACAGAAUCGGCCCGCUAUACAGAGGCCCCUUAUGCCAAAUCGGGCUAUGGCACCUACACUCCCUCUUCCUACGGGGCCAACCUGGCUGCCUCCUUCCUGGAGAAGGAGAAGCUUGGUUUUAAGCCAGGCCCCCCAACCAGCUUCCUCACCCGUCCCCGUACCUAUGGUCCCUCCUCCAUCAUGGACUAUGACAGGGGCCGCCCCCUGUUGAGAACUGACAUCAUCGGGGGCGGUAAGCGGGCCGAGAGUCAGACUCGGGGCACUGAGCGGCUUUCAGGGAGUGGACUCAGCGGGGGCAGCGGAUUCCCUUAUGGAGUGACCAACAACUCCCUCAGCUACCUGCCUGUGACUGCCCGCGAGCAGGGCGGAACCCUAACCCAAAAGAAGUCGAACAGUCAAUCAGACCUGGCCCGGGAUUUCUCCAGCCUCCGGACCUCAGAUAGCUACCGGAUCGACCCUGGGAACCUGGGCCGCAGCCCCCUGCUGGCCCGCACGCGCAAGGAGCUGUGUGCCCUGCAGGGGCUCUACCAGGCAGCCAGCCACUCGGAGUACCUGGCCGACUACCUGGAGAACUAUGGCCGAAAGGGCAGUGCGCCUCAGGUGCCCAUGCAGGCCCCUCCCUCACGAGUCCCCGAAGUCCUCAGCCCCACCUACCGACCCAGUGGCCGUUACAGUCUGUGGGAGAAGAGCAAGGGCCAGGCCCCUGGGUCCAGCCACUCCAGCUCCCCAGGGCGAGAGACCAUGAAUUCUAAGAGCGCCCAGGGUCUGGCUGGUCUUCGAAACCUUGGGAACACGUGCUUCAUGAACUCCAUUCUGCAGUGCCUGAGCAACACCCGGGAGCUGAGGGAUUAUUGCCUCCAGAGGCUCUACAUGCGGGAUCUCGGCCACAAUAGCAAUGCACACACAGCCCUCGUGGAAGAGUUUGCAAAACUAAUCCAGACCAUAUGGACUUCAUCCCCCAAUGAUGUGGUGAGCCCAUCUGAGUUCAAGACCCAGAUCCAGAGAUAUGCGCCACGCUUCGUUGGCUAUAAUCAGCAAGAUGCUCAGGAGUUUCUUCGCUUUCUUCUGGAUGGGCUCCACAACGAGGUGAACCGAGUGACAGUGAGGCCCAAGUCCAGCCCUGAGAACCUCGAUCAUCUUCCUGAUGAUGAGAAAGGACGACAGAUGUGGAGGAAAUAUCUAGAACGGGAAGACAGUCGGAUUGGGGACCUCUUCGUUGGACAGCUAAAGAGCUCCCUGACGUGUACAGACUGUGGUUACUGCUCUACAGUCUUUGACCCCUUCUGGGACCUCUCACUGCCCAUCGCUAAGCGAGGUUACCCUGAGGUAACUUUAACGGACUGCAUGAGGCUCUUCACCAAAGAGGACGUGCUUGACGGCGAUGAAAAGCCAACAUGCUGCCGCUGCCGAGCCAGAAAACGGUGUAUAAAGAAGUUCUCCAUCCAGAGGUUCCCAAAGAUCUUGGUGCUCCAUCUGAAGCGGUUCUCAGAAUCCAGGAUACGAACCAGCAAGCUCACAACAUUUGUGAAUUUCCCACUAAGAGACCUGGACUUGAGAGAAUUUGCCUCAGAAAACACCAACCACGCUGUUUACAACCUGUACGCUGUGUCCAAUCACUCUGGAACCACCAUGGGCGGCCAUUAUACGGCCUACUGCCGGAGUCCAGUGACAGGCGAAUGGCACACUUUCAAUGACUCCAGCGUCACACCCAUGUCCUCCAGCCAAGUGCGCACCAGCGACGCCUAUCUGCUCUUCUACGAAUUGGCCAGUCCACCCUCCCGCAUGUAGCAGCGAGGAGCUACAUCCCUUUCUCCCUUCCCUGUGGUGGCCCCACACCCUAAGUUUUUU